AUCAUUGAGAUCGUGGUAUUGUCUAAGAUGAGAGAGCUCCUGGGGUGCGUUAUGCUUCUUGCAUGGGUUACUCGCGUUGUUCGAGGCGAAGAUCCUUAUUUGACUGAGCCGCCAGAUUACAUUAAACAAUGUAAAAUAGCCGAUAAGAAUUUCAUCAACUGUUCCACGCAAAGCAUACAACAGCUCUUCGACAAACUAAACGACGGCAUUCCGGGACUGACAAGCAUCAAAAGCUUUGAUCCAUUCUAUUUGAAUCGCAUCAGAAUAUCACAAGGCAACAGCAAUGCGAUCAAUCUAAAAGUCGAGCUGGCCAAUGUUAAGAUUAUUGGAUUUGGACAUACCAAGGUGCUAGAGAGCAUAGUUUUUAAAAAGGAUUACAGCUGGAAGACAACGUUUACGUUGCCGGUCAUGAAGCUCAUUGGUGAUUAUAGUUUAUUGGGGCGCAUAUUGCUCAUUCCACUGAAUGGGCGUGGUCAGGUGUUUUUGGAUGCAGAAAACAUGACAGUUACCAUGCACACAAAGACGCGGCUGUACACGAAAGGCGACUUCACAUUUUACAAUGUGACCAACUGUCGCGUGGACUUCAAAAUCGAUGGCCUAAAAUCGUAUUUCUCCAAUCUUUUCAACGGCAACAAGCAAUUAGAGGACAGCACCAACAAAUUCUUCAACGAUAACUGGCGGAUGCUGGCCGAUGCUCUUUAUACCGUAAUCACACAGACCAUCGAGGAUAUUCUGCUAGAUGUUCUGAAGAAGAUAUUUCACUUCAUACCAGCGAAUUACUUUGUCAGCGACAUACCCACGCCGGAGCAACUCUAUGGCAAAGCAAAGCCAAAGCCAAAGUGAAUAUUGUUCUGAAUUUUGAGAGUUUGUGGAUUAUUUAUUGGAUUUGGCUAGCGAAAUAAAACUAUUUAAGAUGA